GAGACACGAAGCUGGAGUGCUUCAUCUGCGGAGUUAAAAAUAUCCUGCAGCUGGGCAUGCUGGUGUCGGAGGCCCAGGGGGCGCUGGUUAUUGUGUGCAGAGACCGCUGCUACGCCAGCGGCAUUCUCGAAGAAAAUGGAUGGGACUCUUCGGCCUGGAGCCCUUUGAUCGAAAACAAAGCUUUGGCGCAUUGGCUCGUCAGGCCGCUGACGGACGCGGAGAAGGUCUCCGCGAUGCCAAUCAGCAAAGAAGAGAUGCAGCAGCUCGAGGAGUUUUGGGCGAGGUAUGGAGACGCCACAAUUGACGACGUCCGCAGCGAAGGCACUGAGCCGCUGCCCACCUGCGAACUCACUUACCCCGACGGCGCUUCUUACCAGAGGGUUUACGCGCCUCUAAUUGCUGCAGAAGCAGACAUUGAGAGACGCAGGUGCCAGGACGAAGUUGCGAAGAUGACGGAAUUCUCGGAGAGAUAA